AUUUGUUAGUGAAUCAUGACUUAAUUACUUAGUAGUAACUAACUAAUUGUUCGACAUGUGUAUUAGUUGUGUUUCAUAUGUGUUAUACAAACUCCGGGGCGCGUGAAUGCAGCAUCGCUUUCUGCUGAGACGGCUAACAAAUAGUUAGCAACAGUUAGCUAGCGCUCGUAGUUUACAUGCAACGACCAAAGUGGUCAGAAGUCUCCGCAAGGAAAUAAUUAACAAUUUCUUGGGUGCACAGAUUAACAACUGUACUGGAUUCGUCGGUUGGGCACACUGGACGUUUAACUUUAUCCUUUAUCCUGCUAAUAUCAGAUGUGUAUUGUUAUGUUCGCGUUAAGUCAGCUAUCGUCGGGCUUCACUCAGUUUCCGUUUAAGCUCACGCUUUGAACUCUGUUUACCAGCUUCUAUUCAGUGUUUUCGUAAACGUCAUGCUCCUUGGUAACUGAGAUGAAAUGUUUUUUUAAAAGUACUGUAGUGGUUUGGCAUAUUCAUAAACCAAUUAACUAAAUGUGGGUAAAAGCCCACUUUAUGGAGCUGCUUCAAGGAACAGCAUCUAUUUACCGACUCUAAAGCCGCGUCAGUUACACUUAUCUUAAGAAAACCGAGGAUUGAGACAUACGUGGAAUACACACAAUGCCUUGAUGGGACUCUGAGCUUGCAUGACUUAAGGACUUGGAAUAAUAGAGUAAUAGGUUAGUCGUGUGCCAUGGCAAGUGAGUUGGCUGCGAAGAUGGGAUUUAAGUCACUGCUGAGGAAACAAGCCAAGAACUUCAGCGUCAAAAUCUGCACCAUGGAGUCAGACCUGGAGUUCAGCUGCGAGGUCAAGUGGAAGGGAAAGGACCUUUUUGAUUUGGUAUGCCGAACUCUUGGACUGAGGGAGACAUGGUUCUUUGGACUCCAGUACAGCGUCAAAGACACGGUAGCUUGGCUAAAGAUGGAGAAGAAGGUUUUGGAUCAGGAGGUACCAAAGGAGGAACCCAUCACUUUUCACUUCCUGUCCAAGUUUUACCCCGAAAAUGCUGAGGAAGAGCUGGUGCAGGACAUCACACAGCAUCUCUUCUUCCUACAGGUGAAGAAGAAGAUCCUCGAGGAGGAGAUUCACUGCCCCCCCGAGGCCUCUGUGCUGCUGGCUUCCUAUGCUGUCCACGCCAAGUAUGGAGACUAUGACCCUGCUGUUCACAAACCUGGAUUCUUGGCUGAGGAGGAACUGCUGCCAGAGAGGGUGAUUAACCUGUACCAGAUGACGGCAGAGAUGUGGGAAGAGCGGAUCACGGCAUGCUACGCAGAGCACAGGGGCAGGACGAGGGAUGAAGCUGAGAUGGAGUAUUUAAAAAUAGCUCAAGACCUGGACAUGUACGGCGUCAAUUACUUUUUAAUCAGGAAUAAAAAGGGAACAGAUCUUCUUCUGGGAGUGGACGCCCUAGGUCUGCACAUCUAUGAUCCGGAAAACAGGCUGACACCCAAGUGCUCCUUCCCCUGGAACGAGAUCCGCAACAUCUCCUACAGCGACAAGGAGUUUACUAUCAAACCUCUGGACAAGAAAACCAAUGUUUUCAAGUUCAACUCUUCACGGCUGAGAGUCAACAAGUUGAUCCUCCAGCUGUGUAUUGGGAACCAUGACCUGUUUAUACGACGACGGCGGGUGGACUCUCUUGAAAUACAGCAGAUGAAGGCUCAGGCUCGUGAGGAGAGAGCCAGGAAACAGGUAGAGCGACAGCGCCUGCAAAGGGAGAAGCAGCUGCGGGAGGAGGCAGAAAGAGCCAGAGAUGAGCUGGAAAGGAGGCUGAUUCAGCUGCAGGAUGAGGCUCACAUGGCCAACGAGGCCCUGCUGCGUUCGGAGCAGACUGCAGACCUGCUGGCUGAAAAGGCCCAGAUCGCAGAGGAGGAAGCCAAGCUGCUGGCCCAGAAAGCUGCCGAGGCCGAGACAGAGAUGCAGCGCAUCAAAGUGACUGCCAUUCGUAGCCAGGAGGAGCGCCGGCUCAUGGAGCAGAAGAUGCUCGAGUCAGAGAUGCUGGCCCUCAAGAUGGCCGAGGAGUCGCAAAGGAGGGCCAAAGAAGCUGAACAGCUGAAACAGGACCUGCAAGAAGCCAGGGAGUCAGAGCGAAGGGCAAAGCACAAGCUGCUGGAGAUUACCAGCAAGACGGUCUAUACGUCCCCUGGAGUUCCUCCUGAAAUGCCUCCUGACCUGAGCUUUAGCAGGGAGAACCUCAGCUUCGACUUUAAAGACACCGACAUGAAACGGCUCUCCAUGGAGAUUGAGAAGGAGAAGGUGGAGUACAUGGAAAAGAGCAAACACCUGCAGGAGCAGCUGAAUGAACUGAAGACAGAGAUCGAAAGCCUGAAGCUCAAGGAGAGAGAGACAAGUCUGGACAUCAUUCACAACCAGAACGCGGAGCAGGGGACAAGCAAGCACAGCAACUUUAAAAAGCUCACACUACAGAGCACCAAGUCCAGAGUGGCCUUCUUUGAGGAGCUUUAAGCCGCAGACCUGCACCGCUGCUCAUUUCUACAUUCCCUCACUUUGAUGAGCCUCGUACUUCACAAACUGGAAACCACUACAAUCCACUUCCAACCACUGCGAACGUGAACUGAUCACUGUCCUGAUCUGCAACAAAUUCAGGUUGCAGGUUUAAAAAAAGGAACAAAUGAGUGUGUGUUUACAGUGUUGACCUGAACAGGACCUUGGUAAUUAAUAUCCACUAAUUGUAUGCAGCAGUAACCUGUGUCUUCUACUCACACUGACAGAAGCCAACCACGUCUCUUAACAUAUAACGUAUUCUUUCUGUGCCUAAUAACUUUGUGCUACUGUAUUUUUCUCGUUCUGUGGACAGUUCAUUUUAGACGUUUCUCUGUUGCUGUACAUUACGUGAGACAUUUAUUGUUAACAGGAGUCGAUGAGUUCAGUCCUGGUUACAUAAUAAGUAAACGGCCUCAGUUGUGUGAGCAGUGUUUUUUAACGGGAGCCGUCGUAUGUUACACGUGAGGCCUUACCACCAGUGUUUACAUCUUUUAUACAGAGACAAGAGUUACAUAUGUGUGAGUGGGGCGUCAAGGGCGAGCGCAGAGCUCUAAAGUGAAGAGACGAUCGUUUGCGUUAGGCUUAAAAUUCAGACUGGAUGAAGUGACUGUGAUUCGCAGAUGUGAGCUUGUGUCACAUCUCUCUUCCUUUGUGAAGAGAACCACUUUUUUGGGAAACAUGAAUUUGCAUCUAUUUUGAAUUAAUGUGUAUUUUGAAUUAAUGUGCUCUUUCCCUCUGAAAGCAAUUUAUUUUGGGGAAUUAUUUGAAGGAAAUGUGUUUUUUUUCUUCCUGUCUACAUUUAACGAGCAUAGCAAGCAGUAUUUAAAAUAAAACACUUUCUGCAUAUACAUUGUAACGGAGGAAGGAAUAUGUUUGCAUUUGAAAUGAAGUCAUCAGAACCGG